UGCUGUGAGUGAAGUUUUGGAAAACCUGCAAAUUAUAUAAUCAGUUUAUGUUCUUCAACUCUGAUAUAAAAGUACUGAAGUCAGGACUGUAAGGUGUGAGGGUAACAUAAACUUUAUCAGUGCAAUGAGAUACAGAUAAAAGAUGAAUUAAGUCAAAUUGUUGUUAUUCAGGCCUAUUAAUGAAGUCAUUUGAAUAAGUCGACGGCCUCUGUUUUUUCCAGGAGCUUGUUGACUUGUUGUCCAUGGGAAUUAAAGUCACCGAGGUCGACGUCUUCCUGUGUGUCUACAUAAACCAGAGCACAGGUAGAAACCCCCUCAGCUGCAUUGCUUCCCUUUGCAGUGAAGAACUGAAUCAUUCUGUUGCACACACGCUUUUCUCCGCACCGAUGAGCAACCGCAGCCAGGGUCUGUCUCUGGUUAUGCCCCCCACCAGCUUUGGCAAUGUGUUGAUGGUGCUUUUCAGCAUUCUCCUGGCUGCGACCAUCAUUUUCCUCAACGUGUCUGUGUUUCUGUCCAUACUGCUGAACAAGACACUGCGCAGGGAGAACCGCUUCAUGUACAUGCUGAGCACCUGCCUCAGUGACAUCUGCACCGGCGUGUCCUAUUAUUAUGUCGGCGUGCUCGAUGUGAGGGACAGCUACGACUCCCCUACGAGAACCUUUUUCAUCGUGCCCACGUUUCUAGGGCUGUCUUACAUGGCCAUCCUGGCAGCGCAGGCAGACAGGUACCACGCAGUGGUGUCACCUUUUAAAUACUCCCAGCACAUGACCCGAAACAAGACCCUGCUCAUCAUCUUCUCGUACUGGCUUUACGCAUUCUUGAUCGUGGCUGCGCACAACCUGGUCACAGUCGGGAUAGCCAAACAGAUCACGAGCAUUGGUACGUUUGCGGGGAACAUAACCACAGUGAUUAUAAUGAUAGGGCUGAAUGUUAGGCUGUUCAUCAUAGCCAGGUUCCAGCUGGAGAGGGAGCCGCCCUCUGAGGAGAGAGACAACAAGCGCUCGUCAGUGUAUCUCAUACUGGUGGUGGCUGUGUUCUUCUUAGGGACGUGGCUGCCUAUAUUCUGUCAUAUUACGGCCUGUCAUUUCGUCCGUUCGCCCUGUUACAACUUUAAGAAUGAAGGCACUGACCCUCUUCGCAUUUUGCCCCGAAUUAACGCUUCCCUGACCCCCCUGCUGUACAUCAGAGGGUGCGCUGGGCUCAGAGAGACGCUGCUCACCAAAGUGUGGAGACCCUGCAGCGCGCAGAGACGGAAUCUUGGACGACUUGGCCCAAUACACACCCGCUCCCCGCGGGGUAAUUUUAAAGUUGGAUCGAUGUCUAUGAUUGUAAAUUCAUGCCAACAUAAAUAAACAAAUUAAAGAUUGAUGAGGAAUGUUUCAUCAUGUAUACAAAUGAUGAGGACAAGUUCGGGCUUUGGGUUUCUUGGAAGAUGUUGGAAAGGUUGUUUUUUUUUUUGUUUUUUUAUCAUACUCAGCACAUCUGACGACUGUUUUACACCUCAUUUUUUCCAUUGUUAGUCUCAAAUGGCAAUAAUCUUUAAUAUUUAAUGAUUUGUUAAAUGUUUAGUCUAAAUGUUCCACACAGAAGUAAUGGGGGAAAAAACAAAUGAACACUGAAUCUAGUUUUAUACUACAUCUGUAUACAUCUCAAGAAACAAACAUUAAAGGUCGUCAAUAACUUAA